AUGCCCCUUUUCCAAAUCAUAAAAAAAGAUAAAAUGUCAGGAAAGUGCUGCUUCACUGGAAACCUACACACUGGCGAGCCUCUCGGCAAAUUUGAAGAGGUCUUUGGUCUCAAAACAUAUGUAACAGGAUCACCAUCGAACGAGAAAGUUUUAGUCAUACUUACCGAUGUUUUUGGUAAUGAGCUCAACAACACAAAAUUGAUUGCUGAUCAAUUGGCUGGUGAAGACUUCAAGGUUUACGUGCCAGAUAUUCUAUUUGGCGACAAUGUUAAGUCAUUAGACGGAUCGGUCGACUUCCAUGAAUGGGCACACAACCACAGGCCAGAGAUUACCAGACCAAUCGUAGAUCAGUUUAUGAAGUCGCUUCAAGCCACAUUCUCGCCUAAAUUUGUCGGCGUUGUUGGGCACUGCUUUGGUGCAAAAUAUGCACUACACCAAAUUGAUGUCAAACAAUCAACGGCUAAUGCCAUUGCUGUUGCGCACCCUUCCUUUUGUGAGCAAGAGGAGUUUAGAGCAAUCGGGAAGCAUCCGAUCCUUAUCUCAGCUGCUCAAACCGAUUCCAUUUUUACUGUUGAAAGCCGCCAUGAGACCGAAAAAACCCUGAAUGAUAUCGGCGCCGUCUAUCAGAUCGACCUUUUCAGUCAAGUUACUCACGGAUUUGCCGUUAGAGGAGAUGUCAGCGAUCCCUGCGUUUUAUAUGCUAAAGAGAAGGUCACACUCGACCAAAUUCAUUGGUUCAAGCACUUCUCGAAGGACGCUUGA